GAGGACAUCGGCGCGUGGGACACCUCUGGCGUCACGGCGAUGGAGCGGAUGUUCGUCCACGCCUCGUCCUUCGACCAGGAGAUCGGCGCAUGGGACACCUCUGGCGUCACGUCGAUGUACUGGAUGUUCCUCGAGGCCUCGGCGUUCAACCAGGACAUCAGUGGUUGGGCGGUCCACAGCGUCACGGAUAUGUCGUUGAUGUUCCACGAAGCCUCGGCCUUCGACCAGGACAUCAGUGGUUGGGCGAUCCGCAGCGUCACGAGAAUG